UGCCCGCUCUUCUCUUGCCCGUAGUAGCCAUGGCAGCCAUGAGUUUGUUACGGCGGGCUUCGGUCUCUGCAGUGGCCGCUCUGUCUGGCCGCCGCCUUGACACUAGACUUGUAUUCGGGGGCUUCCUCACCCGUGACUUUCCGAAGACUGUCGCUCCUGUGCGACACAGUGGAGACCAUGGGAAAAGACUGUUUAUCAUCAAGCCUUCUGGAUUCUAUGACAGACGUUUUUUGAAAUUAAUGAGAUUCUACAUUUUGUUGACUGGGAUUCCAGUAGCAAUUGGCAUAACUCUGGUGAAUGUAUUCAUUGGUGAAGCUGAGUUAGCAGAAAUUCCAGAAGGCUAUACCCCAGAACACUGGGAAUAUUUCAAGCAUCCUAUAUCAAGAUGGAUUGCCCGAACUUUCUUUGAUAGUCCUGAAAAGAAUUAUGAAAGAACAAUGGCUAUCCUUCAAAUUGAAGCUGAAAAAGCUGAAUUACGGUUAAAGGAGCUGGAAGUACGAAGUUUAAUGCGUGCAAGAGGCGAUGGUCCCUGGUAUCAGUAUCUGACCAUUGAUAAGACACUUAUUGAUCAUUCUCCAAAAGCAACUCCUGACAACUAAUAUUUUAUUUCUCUAAAUACAAAGUAUAUUCUCUUUAAGCAAAACUAAAUUACUAGAUAUAUUCUGUAUUUUUUCUGUGUGAUGAAUAAAAGAUCCUAUUCAUUGCUCCAUUUCUCAA